AAACACCAGCAAACAUGGCCCGAAAAGCGGAAAUACAAAUUCAAAGCCCUCCCGCCGACGUGAUCUCUGCGGUCAAGUUUGCACCGAAAACAAACCAGUUCAUUCUCGUGUCCUCCUGGGACACCAGCGUCCGUUUGUACGAUGUGGUCAACAAUACGCUGCGACACAAGUUUUUCCACACCUCGCCGGUGCUGGACUGCGCGUUUCUGGACUCGGUGAAAACGGUUAGCGGUGGAUUGGACAACACGGUCAAGUUGUACGAUUGGAACACGCACAUCGAGCAAGACCUCGGGACGCAUAAUGCGGCGGUGCGGUGCGUGGAGUACGCGUCGAUGGUCAACGGUGUGCUGACGGGAAGUUGGGACCGUACGGUGAAGUUUUGGGAUGCGCGUGGAAAAGAAUGCAUCGGGACGUACGAUCAGAGCGCGGGCAAGGUUUACGGCAUGAGCUGCGUCGAAGAGCGGCUCGUUGUGGCAACCUCCGAUCGGAAGGUGUUGAUCUGGGACCUCCGCCAUAUGGGCAACUACGUGGAGCGACGCGAAUCAUCGCUCAAGUACCAAACGCGCACGGUUCGCUGCUUCCCGAACAAGGUAGGAUAUGUGAUGAGUUCGAUCGAGGGUCGUGUCGCGCUGGAAUACUUCGACCCGGAUCCGGAGGUGCAGAAGAAAAAGUUCGCCUUCAAGUGCCACCGCUCGAAGGAGAACAACGUCGAGCUAGUCUACCCGGUGAAUGCGAUCAGCUUCCACAACGGCUACAACACCUUCGCGACCGGUGGCUCCGACGGGUACGUGAACAUUUGGGACGGAUUCGAGAAGAAACGCCUGUGCCAGUUCCACCUCUAUGACAGUUCGAUUUCGAGUCUUUGCUUCAGCGACGAUGGAAGUGCGCUGGCGAUCGCCUGCUCGUACAUGGACGAGGCGGAACAACCGCCAGAACCGUACCCGGAUCCGACACUCUACGUGCGCUUCGUGAGCGAACAGGAGGCCAGACCGAAAAAGAGCUAAAUGCCAUUCCGUGUAAAUGUAUUUCAUCUAACCAUUGAUAAGCCUGUACUUUUAGAAUUUUAUAAAACAUCUCUA